AAUCACAGUAACACAUCCCAAACCCUAGCCUAGCGUCCCGACUCUUCUUCGAAUCCCCAUCCCCAAAGCGAGAACAAAAUACCGCCCCCAAACAUCGUGUUCAAAUCAAACUGACCACGGUUUCUGAGAACAACAACAAUGGGGAGAAGACAGAAACCGAAACCUAAAUCGGAAUUCUCCGAUAAUGAAUCAAUCGCCAAAAUUAAUAAUAGCAAUUUCUUCCAUUUUAGUGGUAGUGACGAUGAAGAGGCUAACGAAGAUUUGAGCCUUAAAAUCGUUGAGAAAGCAAUGACGCGUAAUUCUUUCGCUACAAAUUUGAAUGAUACAUAUGAUGAGGAUUUUGUUACCACUGAAUUCGUGGCGUCGGAAAUUGUGAAAAAAGAGAAGAAGAAAAAGAAGAAAACGAAGGCUAAGAAUGCUGAAACUGAAAUUUCGGUGGUUAUGCCAACGAAGGAAGAAGAAAAAGUGACUGGAGCAAAUGAUGUUGAGGUCAUUAAUUUAUUGGAACCAAAUGCCGUCGAUAGUUCCAAUUCUGAUAACACUGUUUUGCGAAAUCUUCUUCGUGGCCCAAGAUACUUUGACCCUCCUGAUAAGAGCUGGGGAGCAUGCUUUAAUUGUGGGGAGGAAGGUCAUACAACAGUUAAUUGUACGUCUGCUAGGAGAAAGAAACCAUGCUUCAUCUGUGGGAGUCUGGAGCACGAGGUGAAGCAUUGCCAAAAGGGACGUGAUUGCUUCAUAUGCAAGGUAGCUGGUCACCGUGCCAAAGAUUGUCCAAAAAAGUUCAAGUUUGGUUCUCCGGCCUCAGAAUUCUGUUUAAAAUGUGGUGCUUCUGCACAUGCCAUGUCCUCAUGUAACAGUGAUUACUCGCCUGAUGAUCUCAAGGAAAUUCAAUGUUAUGUUUGCAAAAGAUUUGGGCAUCUCUGCUGUGUGGACUAUUAUGACGAUCUUCCUAGUCAAACAUCAUGCUAUAAAUGUGGCUUGUCAGGACAUAAUGGACAGGAAUGUAAAGGAUCACAUGGACAGACAUCUGCUGCAGGGACACCCACAUCAUGCUAUAAGUGUGGUGAAGAAGGGCACUUUGCUCGUGAAUGCACAUUUUCUUCCAAGGAAUGUAGAGGAUCACAUAGAGCUACAUCUGCAGGGACACCCUCAUCAUGUUAUAAGUGUGGUGAAGAAGGGCACUUCGCUCGUGAAUGUACAAUUUCUUCCAAGUCCAAAAGUACUCGUGAUCUAUCAACUCCAAUUAGGAAACACUCCAAAGAUGCCAAGUCCAUCAAGGGAUAUAAAUCUGCACCUCAGAACUUUGGCAAGACUCAUAAGAAGAGAAUACAGUUUGAAAAUGAAAGUCCCAACUGGUCAAGUAGAUCGAAACGGAGGCCCAACAUGAAUCUAGAUGAAUUUACUGAUUACUCUCAUUCAAAUCGCUUCAACACUCCCGCCACACAAAACAAGAAGCAUAAGAUUUAUGGUUUGGCUGAAGGCGGUCAAAGUUCAAGCUCACGCUCUUCAAUGAGACGGAGUAAGUUCAGUUCCUUUACUUCUUCAAACUCACAAAGUUAUUCAAAUGAUGGGAAAAGGAGAAAUUACGAUAAUAGAUUUUCCGCUUCAAGGUUUGGUAAGUUAAGUAGUGAUGGGUUGAAGAGAAAUUACGAUCAUUGGUAGGAAGCUGUAUUGGAUUUGAAUUUUGACUCAAAGCGCGAGCUUGUAUGUAUGUUACUUUUCAGGUUUUCUUGAAUAGUUAGCAAAGGGAGCCUAGUGACAGAAGUAAAGAUUUCACUAUAUCUUUGCAUGACGAGAUCCCAAUUGUUUACAUGCUCCUUUUUUAUGGGUCCAUCAUGCUUCUCUUUUUCACUUUCCGGUCUAAAUACUCCAUUUCAUGAUUAUUGUAUAAUUUGGCUAGUUUAUCAAUGGUACUCCUAAAUUUUUGUACUUUAUCAAUAGUACCCUUAACUUUUUGCACUUUAUCAAUGAUACUGUAAGUUUUUUCAAUUAUCAAUGAUAUCCUCGUGUUAUUGAGCAUCUUAUAACCGUAAUCUUUUCUAAU